GAUCGCCAGCCGCGGAGGGCGUCCCUGCUAUGCCUCGUUACUGCGCGGCCACCUGGUGCAGGAACCGAGCCGGGCAGAGCAGCCGAGACCAGCGCAAGCUGAGCUUUUACCCAUUUCCUCUCCAUGAUAAAGAAAGAUUGGAAAAAUGGUUACGGAAUAUGAAACGAGACACUUGGAUUCCCAGCAAGCACCAGGUCCUCUGCAGUGACCAUUUCACACCAGACUCCCUUGAUGUGCGGUGGGGUAUUCGAUAUUUGAAAACAACUGCAGUGCCAACUAUUUUUUCAGCGCCUGAUAAUCAGGAAAAAGGAAAUUCCCCCAAAAAUGCACAUGAAAAAGGAACAGAAGACAUAAAAGAAAACAGCUCAAUGGGUACAGCAACUACUACAUCUAAACUUUCUUCACCAAGGAGGAAUAAUAUAAUUGAAGAAAGGCUUUAUAGGAGAGCACUUUGCACAACUUCAAGCAACUCUUCAGAACAGAAAGCACUAAUUCAGAAUGCAGUAAAAUCUGAAGACAUCAUUAUAUAUUCUGACAAUUCCGUGAGGCAGACUCUUGAGCAAACAAGACCUGUAGUAGUAACAACUGACAUACAGACUGUAGCAGCCAGAGAUUACAGUGCCCUGGAAAACAAGAGAUUUAACAACACUGUAGAGCAUCUCCUUUGCAGUACAACCAGAGUUUUGCAAGGUUCAGUUCACAGUCUUCGUUCAUGUCUUGAAUGCGUCUCAGACCCUAAAGCUUCAGUUUUGCAGCCUGCAGAUUUUGAGCACUUGGAUCCAUCUCUGGAAUUUAGUAAUGUGACUGUACCGAUUAACACCCUUCCGCCAGGUCAACUGGAGUCUCACAUGACACACUGCAUGGUGGAAGUCAAACCAUCUAGUGAAAACUCAGUCGUGUUCCACACUGUGUCGCAAGCUUUAGAACAAUUUAGCAGCGAUAAAGAGUCUGCUAUCACCAUUAUAGUUCCUUCAAAAGAUUCAAAAACCCCUUUGUUGUUGGAGGGCUCAAUUGUGCCAGAGGACCAGGAAUUGACUGACAUUGAAGAUGGUGCAUCUACAUGUAUCACCAGUUACAGUGGUACUGAAGUGCUACAAAUGGAGCAUUCAUAUUGUAGGCAGGACAUAGACAGGGAGCAACUCUGGCAAAAAAUUACAAAGCUGCACUCAAAAAUAGCACUUUUAGAAGUACAGGAACGAAAAACUUUGGGCAGACUCAAAUCUCUAGAAACACUUAUUGCCAAGCUGAAGCAAGAAAAUCUGCUUUCUGAAGAAAAACUCAAGAUUGUUGAAAACUGUUUCACAACAUUUGAAGUGACUAUGAUACAAUAAAAGCUUUAAAGUGUUGGUUUCAACUACUUUGCAGUUCUCAGAGGAUUCCCUCAUUUUGCUUGAUUUUUUAAAAAUCAGAAUGGAAACAAAUUGCAGAAAAUGUGCGCUGGAGAAAAGAACACUUACCCUACCAUGGUAGAAACAUUAUCCAGAUUCCUGGGCAAUGUUUCAAAAUCAGGUGCGUGGUUCUAAGAUAAGCCCAGCUUGUAAAUCCUUAUCAAGUUUGUAGAUCAUUAUCAAGCUUAUCAAGCUUGAAUAAGGCUAAGAGAGCAGCUUUGAAAAAAUGAAAAGGAUGAGUUCUAUUAUCCCACAAAAGGUGCAGGCGGCUGUUUCACCAUUAGUUUCAGAAAAGUACUUGUAGUUCUGAAAAUCCUAUUUCAAUUUUGUCUUUUUCUUAGUAUUUGCUACACUUUUUAAAUGUAAGACAUAUUUAAUAAAGGAAAAUGUCCUUUUUCCUCUGUAA